AGAUUUGACACACAUUCAUGUUGUCGCUUGACGGGUGUGUACGUACGGCGAUGCGCUGCUGACAAACUCUCUCAACCUCCUGCUACACAAGCAUAAGAUCAACAGAGAUAUGAUCAAAUACAAGAAAAGGAUUUUAAACCAAUAAAGUUUUGAGCUAGCGGGCGCCAUGGCAGUUUUAGACAGCCUGGAGGGGCAUGGCUUCGCGGCAGCUGUGUUCUAUGGGGUGUGCUCGGCCUCCAUGGCUUUCCUCAACAAGGCGGUCAUCAGCUCCUACGAGUUCCCCUUCCCAUUCUUCAUCAUGGCGUGUCAGAUGAUGGUGACGAUCUUGUUCCUCGAGAUUUUGGGCUCACUCGGAAAGGUCACUCUCCCGCACUACACCUGGAGAUCGGCACGGCUCUUCCUUGCACCUUCCCUUGGUUACGCCUUCCAUGCCACGCUCUCUCUCAUGGCUCUUCAGGGCAUGAACAUCCCCAUGUAUGGGGCAGUAAAGCGCUGCACGCCCCUGGUCAACCUGGUGCUAUCGGUGGUGAUCCUGCACCGGCCAUACCCCUCCUGCACCCUCAUCUCCUCCAUCCUCAUCAUCACCUCAGGAUGCUUUGUGGCAGCUUUGGGUGACCUUACUAUAGACACCUUCGCAUACACAAUGGGUGGCCUGAGCGUGCUUGCACAAGGAUUGUACCUCACGCUGGUCCAGCAGUGUGCCGAGAACAAGCUGUCAACACUGGAGAUCCUGCAGCUCAACAGCUACAACACACUUGCACCCUUCAUCAUUGUAUCUGUCUUGAUGGGCGAGCCUGAGGCUAUUGUCAAGAGUCAAUACCUGACAGAUAUUGGCUUCCACCUGACAUUCUGGACACUGGUAUCACUAGGCUCUGUUCUCAACUACUCCUUGUUCCUGUGCACUGCCCUCAACUCCGCCCUGACCACGUCACUCGUGUCCGUGGCCAAGUCAGUCAUCCAGACGUUGGUAGGAUUUUUCGUGUUUGGCGGAGUCAAGUAUCAUCCCCUGAAUAUCACAGGCAUUGUAAUGAACACCGUUGGAGGCUUCAUGUACACUUAUACUAAAUACCAGGAAGGAAAAAAGAAGUACCAGAAGGACGAGAACUACAACAAACUUCAGCUGAAUGGGGUCGUGAGCACACCAAGAGAGGCACCCUUAAUCCCAAACGGAAUAAAGCGGGAUGAACACUCCCUCAACGAAAUCAAAGUUAGCUAACACUUCUAGAGUUAGGUAAUAUCACUUUUUUCAGUGCAGAUUGGGUAGGGGUGAAAUAGGUACACUCCCAUUGCCAGCCAAUGUUCAUUACAGACAGUUUGCAAAGCUGUGUUCUCUUUGGAAGGUGUACAGUGAAGAGUAACCAUCUGUUUUGGGGGUUUAGAAUCAUUAUGACAGAUGAGGUUAUGGGAUCAAGUCUUAAGUUUCAAUUUUCUGCCUCAUGAAGUGUCUUUUCCUCUAUUUGUAAGUUUCUUGUUUCAUCAGUGAUGUAUUAGGCUGUAUGUUGUUCUUGAGUAUGAUUGUGGUGAGAAAUUUUUAAUGUUGACCGUUUAAAAUCUGUCUUUUAUAUUUUAUUUUAAAGUUCAAACAUUUGUUAUAUUUAUUCACACAGUUUUAACAAAAUAAUUCCUAAGUUAUAGCACAGUGGUUCCCUACUUUUAAAAAUAAUUUUUCCAUUGACCUCAGAUUUUUUAAAGAUAUGGAUACCUAGUAAGCCAAUUUUAUGAUUACCAGACUUGUUUUCACAAUUUCUUCUUAUAGCUGAAAUAUGUGAAAUUAUUUUUUAUUUUUAGCCUCUAGGACCCCAGUUUGGGAACCACUGGCAUAACUUGCAUAUCUCUCUACACACACACACACACACACACACACACACACAC